AUGGGCAACACCGUCACCUGCUGCGUAUCCCCGGACGCCAGCCCCAAGCUCAGCCGGGCCCGCGGCAGCGGCGGGGCAGCGGCGGGGCCCGACCGCUGGGCAGACGCAUAUCAGGCGGCGGCGGCGGGCGGCGGCUCGGGAUCGGCGGAGGCCGAGUCGGCAGAUUCGGAUCCUGGCAGCGGCGGCCCCCAUCUCCAGCACAUCAGCGACCGGGAAUUCCCGGAUGAUUUAGCCUUGGAAUCUAAUCCAUCUGAUCAUCCCAGAGCAAGCACAAUUUUCCUGAGCAAGUCGCAAACAGAUGUGCGAGAGAAGAGAAAGAGUAACCACAUCAAUCAUAUUUCUCCUGGACAGCUUACAAAAAAAUACAGCUCGUGCUCAACAAUAUUUAUAGAUGACAGCACUGUCAGUCAGCCUAACCUUAGAAGCACAAUAAAAUGUGUAACAUUAGCAAUAUUCUACCAUAUAAAGAACAGAGAUUCUGACAGAUCAUUGGAUAUUUUUGAUGAAAAAUCUCAUCCUCUCACACGGGAAGAAGUUCCAGAUGACUACUACAAGCAUGACCCUGAUCACAAGCACAUCUACCGGUUUGUUCGGACACUUUUCAGUGCUGCACAGCUGACAGCUGAAUGUGCAAUAGUGACACUGGUUUAUUUGGAAAGGCUUUUAACCUAUGCAGAGAUUGACAUAUGCCCUAGUAACUGGAAGAGGAUAGUCCUGGGAGCUAUUCUGCUGGCUUCUAAAGUCUGGGAUGAUCAGGCUGUGUGGAAUGUGGAUUAUUGCCAAAUAUUGAAGGACAUUACUGUUGAGGACAUGAAUGAGAUGGAAAGACACUUCUUGGAGCUAUUGCAGUUUAAUAUCAAUGUUCCUGCCAGUGUUUACGCCAAAUACUACUUCGAUCUUCGCUCCCUAGCAGACGACAAUAACCUGAGCUUUCUGCUGGAGCCUCUCAGUAAAGAGAGAGCACAGAAACUGGAGGCUAUCUCCCGGCUGUGCGAAGACAAAUACAAAGACUUGUCAAAAGCUGCUAUGAGACGAUCUUUCAGCGCUGAUAACUUAGUUGGUAUCCGCCGUUCUAAUGCCAUCCUCUCCUGAGGAGAGAGAAAGGUGCAGCACCAUAAACCAGCAUCCAGAUGAGUCGAAGGAAUGCCACCACUCCAUGCACACAGGCCAGUGGUGAUGGUGUCUUCCAGCAAGAGGAGGAGAGGAGAGAAAACUUAGCCAAUGGAGCCCAGAGCUUGAGGAGCAUACUCUGUGCAAAAGACAAGACCUUUGUCAAAUCAGCUUUCUCCUCCUUCUAAUGUAUCCAGAGGUGCAAAAACGAGACUUUUCUCCUUCUCUCCCCCACAGAUGUUUGCUUACUAUGUAGGCCUAUAGCUGUGAACUCUUGAGGUUUUGAAUAGUAAAAGUAGUUUUAAAUUUUAGAAUUUAAACACUAACCACAUGACUAUAGUUAUAAUGUUCUUCCCUCCUUUCCCCUGUCAUCCAGAGUCUUGCUGCAUUUGUAUUUCAGGUUGAUGCAGUGUUAACAAAAACAAAACAAAACAUGGGACUCUUAAAGUAUAAAGCCACUCUGGAGCUGAAAACAGUAGCAUAGACAUAUGUUGACAGCUUUUCCCUGGUUUGGCUAC